UUAAGGGAGAGUGUGAGGGAUAGUACGGGGGAAAAAACCACAGAGUUGAGUACUAAUGUCAGGGGGAUUCUUUUGUCUCAUGUGGAGCGGGGCGGGGGAGGCCUCACCCUCUGACUGUAGGGACCAGCAUCAGUCAGAUCAGAGCAAAUGUCAGCAUCAGCACUCUAAAAUGUCUACCAGCCCAUAAAUGGCUCCUAAAGGAGGGGUGUGGGAGUGAGUCUUCACAUAUGCCGUGGAAUAUCAGUUCUGAAGGAUGGUCAAUGCUCCCAGCGCCUGUGAUUUAACGGUUAAUUUACGGUCUCCUGGGCUAGUGUGUGUGCAGGUGUGAGAGAGUGAGUUUAUUUAUACAUGUGAGUGUGACCCUGUACCAUCAUCAGCAUGGCCUCGGUGAGUGUGACCUUGGAGAAUCAACUGCACAGCGCACAGAAAAACCUGCUGUUCCUGCAACAAGACCAUGCCAACACAUUGAAAGGCCUACAUGCUGAGAUCCGCCGUCUACAACAGCACUGCACAGACCUGACAUAUGAGCUGACAAUGCGGAGUUCUGAUCCAGGCGGUGAUGGUGAGGCUCGUUGCAGAGAGCUGCACCAGCGCUGUGAGGAGCUGGAGGCUCAGCUCAAGGCUAAAGAGCAGGAGAACACGGAGCUCCUGCGAGAUCUGGAGCAGAAGAACGCCAUGAUCUCGGUGUUGGAGAACACCAUCCGUGAGCGAGAGAAGAAGUACCUGGAUGAGCUGAAGUUGAAGAGCCAUAAGUUGGCUGUCCUGUCUGGAGAGCUGGAGCAGAGAGCCAGCACCAUUGCCUACCUCACCUCCCAGCUCCACGCUACCAAAAAACGCCUUCUCGCCGGGGGAGCUGCGGGUAUUAGCCCCUCCGUCAGCCCCAUCGGCUCUUUCAAACCCACCCCUCCUCCCGCUCCUGUGGCCUCGGGAAAUGACAAAGACGUCCGGCAACCCGAGACCCCUCGCAGACGCAUGCGCAAAAGUCUUUCGCAGCCGCUGCACUCUGAAUACACGGAGCUGUACCGGUUGGGCGCCACAGAUGGCCGAAGGUUGGUACUGAGGGAUUCGGUAGAUGCCAUGCCAGAUCCCACACCGUUCCUGCAAGCCAGAGAGCCCGCGGCCCCCAUAGAGUCUCAGCCGGUGCUGCGGGAACGCCCCUCUGUAAUCCCGCCCAUCGCUUCUUCGACCACACCUCCUGCACCAUCAAGCCCCACCCACAUCCCAGUGCCCCCAAGUCCAGCAUGGGAGGGAGCCCAUCCCCGUGCUAACGCACAUAUAGGAGUGGCACAGCGGAUCCACCGCUCGCCCUCAGCAGGUGGAGGUGCGGCUCGGCAACAGCCGGAAGUGGAGACCCUCGCCGUGGACCAGGUCAAUGGGGAGCAGGUGGUUCGCAAACGCUCCGGUGCAGACAGAACUGUUUAAGACUGACAAAUGCGCACAUUUACACAUCCUGAAACAGAUAGUAUAUAAACAUAGACGUAUUAAGACCAAUGCAGUAUAUGCGGAAAUCUUUGACUGUGAAAACACACACGAACAUGGAUACAGAUGCUCAAAUCAUCGACAUAUCACCAACAACCUAGUCAAUAAACGUAUAGAACACAAACACAAUACAGAUUUAAACAGCUAACAAACACAAUAGCACAGCACAACCCUGUUAAAUGCUGAACAACACACACUGGCGAGUGAACAAGAUUUAGGCAAAGACUGUUUUUGCGAGUGUGAGAGAAUAUGAAUGUGUUUUAAAGGAUAGAUGGAGAGACUACGGAUGGCAGCAAGAGCUUCUGUAUGUCCUGCUGCUUUUUAUGCAACACUGUAUAAAUGGAGAAAAAAAAAAAAAAAAAAAGAUGUAAAAAGACUUUUGUUCAUGGUCAUUUGAAUAACUUCUUUGUCUCACAUCAGUUGGGAAGGAGAACUGUGAGCAUGCCAAAUGUUUGUUUUUCUUUCCCAUUUGACUUUCAGCAUCUUCUUCGCGCUUUCCGUUCUUCUCAUCAUCAAUGUCCCGCUCCGUUUGACUCGAGGUGCAAACACGCUCAUAUAUUGCCAAAUCUCGUCAUUGCCUGCUGAUUUAAUGUUCUAAUGCAUAUUCAUAUCUACUCAUAUUUAUUCAUGAGCACUGCAGUAGUACUGGAAUCUCCACUCUCCUUCAACUCUCCUUCCCCUUUCAUUCACAUAUCUGCAGGCUAAUGUGAACAAUCCUGCUGCUCCUUAUUAAACACCUACAGAAAUCA